AUGUUUCUCAAAAUAAUUAUCGUCAUCUUUUGCAUCUGUAAAUUCGGAUUUGGCCAAGAUGUCCAAGAAAAUUUUGAUAAUAGCGAUGAGAGUCUCAUCAACGGGGAAAAGAAACUUAGCGACAAUAUUCUCGAGAUCCUGGAGCACUUCAAACAGCCGAACCCAAUCGGCAUCCCCGGAGCCAGCAUACCUGAACCAUACCCCGUACCUGACAUGAAACAGACACUCACGUUCGGAACAACACUGUACUUUAAAAACACAGCCGUCUAUGGCAUUAACAAGUUCCGGAUACUGUACGUCAAUGCUGAAAUUGGUGCUCUCGAGGUUCAAGCUGUCAUGGCCAUUGAAAAAAUACAGGCACGUGGAAACUACACCAUGUCUACUUGGUUAAAUAGAGCUCAAGGACCUUUCACGGUUGACGUCACCGGACUCCUAGUAAAAGCCCGAGCCAACUUAGGCGUUGAAAGAGAUGGCAAAAUUAGGGCGCAAAAUAUAAAAGUUGACCUAUCAUUUAACACUAUUGCAGUUAACUUUGAAAAUCUUGGAUUUUUCGGAAGUAUGUUCCAAGGUGUGAUUAAUUCCGUCGGCACAUUCGUUUUUGACACUAUUAAGCCUUAUAUUCUCAAAGAAGCUUACGUUAAAGCUCGAACAGUCAUAAAUACGAAACUAGAUGAAGUGGCAGGCGAUAUGCAAUUUCCAAACUCCAUAUCACCAUUAGAUAUGGUAAUAGCGGAUACGAGAAAAAUGAUACGAGAAAUGAAGUUUGAUCCUUAUAAAGUCGACGACUACAAUAAGACAAUGGGCAUAUUUUUAAUAAAACUGUCGCAUACUUGGGUGACUGGUUUAUCAUCAUUCCAAAGAGUGGGCAAUAUAACUCUCAAACUGGAAAAUAACACGAUGAUCGCUGACUUCAGCAUCGGUACACAGAAACUGGAGGGUAUGACGCAGUGGGAAAUCACUGCUGUAAAUGGACUUAUGUCGAGAGCUGGUACUGCUUCCUUCUCAGUAGAAUAUGUGAGUGGGAGGUUGAUUCUCGCUCAACCUCUUGACACUCGAAAAAAACCUGAAUUUAGAGAUUUAGAUCUCGAAGUGGGCAACAUACAGGUACGCUGUGAUGGCGCUGGAACAUUGGACUACGUCAUCGAAUUACUUGUUAACAUCUUACCGAAUCUUUUAAGAUACCAAAUAAUGGACGCGUUGGAAAAUCCCAUUAAAGAAAAGAUACAACAAGAAUUAGAUAAAAUUAAUGUAGAAGAACGAAUCAAACAGGAGUUACCCAGGUUGGAUGAGAUGCAAGAACGUGGUUUCAAACUAUCUAGCUUGAAGGUAUCUGAAGCACAAGAGGCACCUUAUGACGAGGAUGAGUUCUUUAACUUUUGA